AUGGAUGCUGACCUUUCUGGUCACCUGAGAAGGAAGAGGGACAGCAGUGCUUUGGAUGAUCACUUGAUUUAUGCUGUCCGUGUUUCUACCACUACAUCUGAGAAGCAGCCCUGGGAGAGGGGCGACAUCCUGGCGCCUCGAUCAGCUUUCUCGUCUCCCUUCCCGAGUGUCGGCAGGCCUCAGGUAGCUGCGCAAGUUCUGCCUGCCCCAAGUUCGUCUCCUGCAGGAGCUGUUACAACUUCUGUGGCUGUUAAAGUAUUGGGCAAGCUGCCGGCUACGAAGGGGCCUAGUUGGGAGGAGAAAUUGACUGAUAACAGGCGGGCUGCAGUGGCAAAAUGGGAGGCUCUUCUUAUGUCUCACGGCGAGCACUUUGAUUGCUACAGGGGAGUCAGUGGCGACGCCAGUGCGGGACGCAAGGCAGAUCUGGUUCAGACGCUGAAGGACUGUUUUGCGGGCAAGGCGAGCGCGACUCUGCACUCGAGAGUGGGACCGAUGAUGCGUUAUGUAAAGUUUACCAAAUCUGCUGGUCUUGAUGCUUUUCCUUUGACUGAGAGCGUCUUAUAUGUAUUCAUGGAUCAGUAUUGUCGGACGGCGGCGGCAACCUUUGGAAGGAGCUUCCUUGAGUCUCUGAAUUUCGCUGUGCAUGUCUUGGGCCUCGAUCUGCAUGUGACCAUCAGUGGCAGGAUACAAGGGGUAGCCAAAACCAGGUACCUUGAAAAAAGGAAAGCUGUCCAGAAGCCGGCGCUUACAGCGCUGCACGUGAGGACUCUUGAGAAGAUAGUGAUUGGAGGAACCGUUGAAGAAUACAGCGGCCGCGACAGACAUUGUGCUGGGUUUUUCUGCUAUACUUUGUACGCUCGGGCCCGGUUCUCCGAUGCCCAAGCCUCGGCUAACCUCAUGCUUGAUGUCACCGAGAGCGACGACGGGCCUUAUGGGUUCCUGGAGGCCUCUGUUACGAGGUCCAAGACGUCGUAUACUCUGGAAAGAAAAACGAGAUUCCUCCCAAUGGUUGCUCCUAUUAAUGGACUGCUUGAUGAGUCUUGGGGGACUGCAUGGUACAAGCUCAUGAAGGAACAGGGGGUGACCCUUCGAGAGGGUUAUCCGUUGCUGUCGUCGCCUGUCACUGGCGGCGGGUUCAGUCUGCUGCCCAUCUCGGCCGAGCAUGCUGCGAGGAUUUUGCGGGAACUUUUGAGGCGCGAGCUCGGUGAUUCCGCUGACAUCAGAAAGCUUGGAACGCACAGCUUAAAGAGGACCUUGUUGAGCUGGCUUGCUAAAUAUGGAACUGAACAAGGCGUGAGGGCCAUUUUGGGUUACCACAGCACUCACUGUGGAACGGAGUUGGUAUAUGCCAGGGACACGCUGAGCGGCCCAUUGCGGCAGCUUGGAUCCGUUGUGAGUGCUGUGGCAUUGGAUCACUUCCGGCCUGACAGCACGCGCUCGGGAUAUUUUCCCAGUCGCAAGGGUCGAGAAGAUGCAGGCUUCGAUCCCAAUGCUCCGGAGCAAGAAGAGCUUGACAGUUCUUCCAGUGGAAGUGAAGACGAGGAGGCUCCGGAUCACGAUGAGGUCGAGAAGGCCUGUGAUGCUCUGGCUUCCUGGGAGCCUCGGCCGGGUCUUCGUGAUCUGAUCGGCGAGGGUCCCGUCUUCAAGCAUAAGACUACGAGGGUCAUUCAUUUGAUGGCCAGCAGUGAUGAAGGUGAUCGCUUUGUCUGCGGCAAUGCUGUCCUGACCAGGACGGGCCUUGAGUUUCACGCGAGAUCGGCGAGAGGACCUGUAGCUGAGUGCUUGGGUCGUGCCAUGGCGGCCUCGUACUCAGAGUCCGAAGCUGUCUUCAGCGACAAGAAUUUGAAACAGCUGGCAUUUGUCAGCUCCUUCACUCCGGGACAAGCCGAUGAGAAGCCUUUGAUUGCGGCUUUGGAUGCUCUAGUCAAAAGGGACACCAGUGCUGACUUAGCUGCUCAGGCGUGCUUCAGGGCUCUUUUCCAGCAGGCUUACGCCAUAGUCACCACCGAGUUUAGGCAGGCCAUUGAGCGCACUGAAGACGCUCCCAGUCGGUCUCUCAGCGCGCCUGAGCGUGAGGAGCGCUACACGCGACAGGUGAAGAAGUUAACCGGGAUCAACAUAAAAGGCGAGACUGAACCAAGUCAGGCCUUGGUUGAUCUCUGCGUUCAAGGCGAUGCCAAAAAGGACACUCGAUUCACACUCGAUGCUCAGGGCAAGACCUUGAAGCUUGAGUCGAAGGCCCCAGAUGACAAGUGUCAGGUCGACUCCGAGGUGCAUCUUCUUCAGGCUUUACAGCGCAGAGCCCUUGCCCUGGACCAAGCCAAUGUUGUUGAUUAUGCUGUCAUCGAUGUCUGGCAUCAGAAGUUGCUUAGGGCGCGGAUGCAGGAGGUGCCAGCAGGUCAUGUCCGGCCCAGCUUCAAGCAGCUCUUGCGGGCCGAUCAGAAGCUUUUCUCGGAGUUGCAGGACCGCUGUCGUGCAGAAAUCCAGGCCACAUCAGCCGGCCGCCCCUUGGAUGGCCUGAUUCCGUUGGUGAUGGAUCUGAGUGAUGUGGCAGUCCUAUUGCAAUCCUUGCCUGAAAAUGCCUCCUCCUCUUCUGAUGUGCCUCCGGGUGGCUCCCUGCGAGCCGGUGAUUGCGAUCUCGACUUCAGUCGGGGUGCCUGGGCUUUCAAUGCUCGUGACGGCUGCCACGCCGUGGUGUUGACUCAGCUCCAGUUCUGUGGUUUCGCCCUUCCCAGCGCUGAUGCUGUGAUGCCCGCCUUUGUUCUCGGCAAGGUGUAUGCGGAGAACCUUGCCGAAAAUCUGCGCUUGCAGGCGGCUGGUGAGGAUUUACUUCCGAUUAUGCCCGAGUUCAAAUACAUGGUCAGCGUGCACGUCGCUGAUUGCUCCCAGCUUCGGCUGGAUGACAAAAAUACCCCUGCCACCGCCACGUUUGGCGUGUUUCGGACUCCUGGUGAGUUCGUUGCUGCCAGCUUGCACCUCGAGCAUCCGUUCGACGCUUUUGCACACGUGCCUGAUGGUCUCAUCAGGAAUUUGGGGCGGCUGCUUAUCGACGGUCCCUUGCCCGUCAUGCGACGCCGGCUUGACCUACUUACCAAGUGGUCUGCGUGGGCCGAUGAACUGGCCGAGCCUGAGAGAGCUCUUCAUGCUUCGCUUGAUCCUAGAGUUGGUGCGGUCCUUUCUGGCAAGAAGUUGCUGUUGCUGGAUCGUAUCGCCAAAUCCCUUGACUGGCCAGACGAAGAUCUUUUUAAGGACCUUAAGGAAGGGUUCGGCAUAGUGGGAUCCGCGCCUGUCACGGGGGUUUUCGCACCAUCCUUUAAGCCUUCGGAGUUCACUGAGGAGGAGCUUGAUCAAAGAUCGAAAUUCUUGCGACCGGCCCUGUGGGCCAAGAUCUCAUCUUCAAAACCUGAGGAUUCCGAUGCCGAGCUUUGGAGCCAAACUCUUGCUGAGAGGGAUCAGAAAUCCUGGCUGAGCGGCCCAUAUAGCUACCAGGAGCUCACUGAGAUUUUGGGUCCGCACUGGAUACCUGUACGGAGGUUCGCGAUUUUCCAACGAGGGAAGCUGAGGUGCAUUGACGAUUUGUCCGAGAACAGUCGGCCCGAGCACUUUUGCUGUGAGUACGGGUGGGGCCUUCACAGUUUCACUUUAUCAUUUGCGAGAAAACGCUCCUACAAACGUGCCUUGAACAGGGCAGAGGCGAACGGCAGUGCUUGGUACAGGGGUCAAUGGCUCAGCUUGGCAACUCUUCGAAAGUCCUAUGUGUCCAACAAUGCAGCCGCAAAGACCGAAGUGCUGAACAUCCCAGCAGCCAGCAGGUCCCAAUGCAAAAGUGGAUCCAGAUUUUCAUUGCGGGCUUUCUCCUGGAAUUGUGGCGGGCUCAACAACCUUAAGGAUGAGCUACACACCUGGCUUCAAGAGCACGGCAGUGAUUACAGCAUUGUUCUACUGCAAGAGACUUGGUAUCGUUCGGACAUGGAUUUUCUUGACAGGGGGUGGAUUUGCAUCAACUCGGGCGUCGGUGAGGGAGUGGCGAGAGCGCAAGCAGGCGUCAUGGUGUUGCUUCGCAAAGAUGUUUUUGAUCAGUCGCAUGUUCGCUUUCACCAUGUAGUUCCAGGCAGGGUGCUUCACGUGCAGGCGCUGUGCAAGGGAGGCUGGGUUAAUGUGGUCAACAUCUAUCAGCACAGCUGGGGCUUGGCCUCGGAUCAGGACCGAUUGCUCACCAAGCGGGCAGCGAUCUGGGAGAAGGUCAGGGACACCUUUGGCCAGAUUCCCAAGGGCCACUUUCUCAUUGCUGGAGGUGACCUGAACACGUCAGCGAAACCGAUGCAUCCUUGGAUAGGUCGUGGCAUGCUGCAGAAGGGCCAGAUUUCCCCGGAUGCCGAGUGCUUGGAACAGUUGGUGCAGGACUUUCAGCUGAAGGCUGUGAACACUUUUGGUAGGCCCACGGCGUUCUCCUACGUUCAUGAAGGCUACAAGGUCCAUCGCAAAUCGUUUGUUGACUAUUGGUUGCUGCGUCAGGAAGAUGGCGUGAAGGCGGCAAAGGACCACCCCGAGAAGGCUGCGGAGUUCCAGGCCAUGGUUCAGGAGCGAUUGGAGGCAGAGAUCGAAUACCAACCGCAGUUCUUGAAUGACACCCUGUUGCAGGUGGGGAAACAGGUCUUCGAUAUUCAGCGACCAAAAGUGCAGCCGCCAGCUUGGACAGCAGAUGCACACACCAACUUGAUUAAGCAGAUGUGGUCACAUUAUCGGUUGAUGAAGCGUAGGCGGUGUCUCCCUGGCACUCGGGCCAUCUUGCAGGCCUGGCGUCAUCAAGUGGCAUUCCUUCGGUUACACAGGGCGGUUCAGAAACACAGCCGACAGCUCCGACGAUCACAUUUUGAUCAACUGCUGACGGCAGCCGAGCGCUGCGAUCAGGUCGACGGGGCAUCGACCACUUUUACUUUGAUCAAGAAGUGGGCUCCCAAGCAGGCCAAGAAACGAACACAGCUGAGAUCCCCCAACGGCCGACUUUUGUGCCCGGCUGAGGAAGUCAAGGAACUGGCGACAUUCUGGAAGGAGAUCUGUGCGGGCAGUGAUGGGCAGGCUCCACCCAGCCACCAACCACGGCAUGCCUAUCAUGUGUCACGAGAGGAAUUACUUCACGCUCUGCAGUCGCUGAAGGGCAACAAAGCGGCACCGGCUCAUUGUGCACCACAUGCGCUGUGGCAGAUUGCAGCAAGUCCUGUUGCCGAGUUCUUGGAUGUUCAGGUUCUCAGCAAAUGGCGUGACGAAGAAGCCGAGGUCUUUGAGGAUUGGUCGGCGUCCUGGCUCACCUUCUUGAACAAAGCUAACAAGCCGGGCAAUAAACCCGGAGAUCUCAGGCCGAUUUCCUUGUUGGAGCCAGCGGGGAAGGCCAUGAGCGGCAUCAUCAAACAACAUUUGAUGCCUUUCCUGCAGCCUUGGGUUGAGGACAGACAUCUUUUUGGGUACUUGCCCAAUCGAUCGCCGCAACAGGCACUGAGCAUUGUAUAUCGGCAUUGUGCCGAUGCCCGUGCUCGGGCGAAAGCACAGGGUCGAGAUUUGUAUGCGAUCCGUCAGGGACAUCGACGAGGGGGCUGCGCAGGGGGCUUGCAGGUGAGCAUCGAUUUCACACAAGCGUUCGAUAGGGCCAACCGCGCUCUGCUCAACUCAGCCCUUCUACAUCUGAAGGUCCCUGAUAACCUACGAUGCUUGAUUAUGCAGUGGGUCGAGACUACCACUUUCCAUGUUGUGCAGGACGAUGCUGAAGCCAAGUUCUCCUCCAGUCGAGGAAUAAGACAAGGCUGUCGCUUAUCACCAUCACUCUGGGUGUGCAUCUCGGUGUACUUGCUGCAUUUGCUUGAGCAGGAGAUGGGGUCCCAAUGGUGCAACGAUCAUCUGGUGGGCUUUGCUGAUGAUACUCAUCUUCGUUGGGAUAUCCAUGAUGCGGUGCAGCUACAUCAGGCUCUUGCACAAGCACAUCGGGCAUUACAGCUCCUGGAAAAGGCGGGUCUCAAACUCAGUCGGGACAAGACGGUUUGUCUGCUACGGGUUGAAGGUGUUCAGACUCCACACAUCAAGCGGCAGCUCAUCGACAAGACCAAGGACGGCCGAGUCCUCAAAAUCAGCCCGGACUACAUCCUGCCACUCAAACAGGAUCACAUUUACUUAGGCGCUUGCAUCACAUAUGGGGACUUUGAGCACAAGAACAUGCAGCACCGAGUCCAUGCAGGCAAAGUGGCAUUCCAGCGAGUUCGCAAAUUUCUCAUGGCAGACAAGGCAGCCAGCAUGCAGAAGAGGCUUCGACUAUGGAAGGCCAUUGUCAUCCCAACUGUCAUGUACUCAAUCACUGCUUCCGGUGUUCUCCCCAAGGGGUUCGACGCACUUCGCGUCAUGUUGACCAAGCAAGCGCGAGCCAUCGCGCGCAGCCCCAGACACAGGCUGGGAGGUGAAACCGGUGAAGAGGUUAUCACGGAAUCCGAUGAAGUUUUCUGGCGAAAGGUGGCAAUGGUCACUCCCGAACAGAUGGUGCAACAGAGAUUGCAGGCCGCCGUGGAACGCACAACGGAGCUUAUGCAUCACUUAGCGACACAGGAUGUUCGAAUCAGCGCGGCUGUUCGGGAGUGGGAGCAGACCAUUUUGCAGCAGUUCAAGGACCGUUGCAUUCAGAGCGAUAGCGUCACUACUGUUCACAAGUGUGAUGUUUGCAAUGCGGAGUUCGGUGACUACAGUUCUUUGCGGGCACACAAGGCUAAGGUCCAUAGUGCGGAGAGGCGGCAGACUGCAGCGCCAACCUUUGACAGGCAACGUCACGGUGUGGAUGGAAUGCCGACGUGUUCCAUGUGUGGGCACAAAUUUCUGCGGUGGGCUGAUUUGCAGAAACAUGUUGCAGGGAACUUUUGUCAACAGAGCACACCCGACACCGAGGCGAGUACCAUGGUUGAGGCCAAGGCUUCCGUCUGGGAUCAGGCUCGGGAUGGUACGCUUCAGCUCGAUGACAUCAGCUUGGCAACGGUCACCGAGGAGCUCAAGCAGGUACCUGUGCAUGGUGUCAUCGGCGGUGAUGUCACCACGGUGAGUGCGGAGCCAGGGCCGGACCAGUUCAUGGACAUCUUCGCAGCGACGAUGCCGGCGCUUCGGGAAAUGGCAGCCAAAAGAGCCGCCGAGCAGGUCGAGCAGAACGGCUCCAACAAGAGGCCGCAUCUGGAAGUGACCAAGCAGACCAAGGGCAAAGGCUGGGGGAAAGGCCGAGGCAAUCGCUUCAACAACGGCUGGGGGAACCGUUGGAACACACAGGCACCGGCUCCGGCACCAUCCACGGUUUCUUUAGAAGAUCUUCAGCAAAUGAUGCACUUGGUUGCUCGGCUGCUGGUUCAACAGGACAACGAGAUUCAGAUGCUCAAGAUGGACAAGCAGUUUCUGCUAUAUUUCGAGACGGGGCCCCAGGGAAUGGUUCACUUGUUUUGGGAGUCGGCACAGGUCUGGAAGAAGGCCAAGGAAGCCCAGCCCCCGACGGUGGACAAAUCGUUGCGCGUAACCUUGAUUCUGUGCAGGAUGAUGGAGCUAGAAGGCCGCUUGACGAAGAUGCUUGCACACGAGCCGACCAAGGACAACAUGAUCAAGCAUGGUUGGCUCACCACUCUCCUCGGGCAGCCAGCUUGGCCAUACAUGAUUUGGACGGGGGAGAAGUUGGAACUCGACUCCAACAAAGCGGCGAUCCCUCACAGCGAGAUGACGGAGAUCAUAAAGGAGAUCAAGAAGGCGCUCUUCGACAAGUCCGAAGAACUGGUGCACAAGUUCCACAGCGUGCGCCCGUUGGCGGAGCAGAUGGAGGGCGACACAUUACCUUUUCUCUUGUCAAUCAGCACGAGAGGGGCUCUGGCGGAUCGGACGUUCGAGCUUUUUCGAAAGCUGGAGGGCAACACGGUUCUAAGGGUCGUGGGUGAGUUCGUGACCAAGACGCAGAGGCAGGUCCUUGGAGUGCGGUUGCAGAACAAUCACAACGUGUGUUACAUCAACUCGCUGGCUCUGCUGUGGGCGUGGGCUUCAUCGUUCAGCAAUAAUCUUGAGUACUUUGCAGGUGCGGCGACUCCGGCUUUCCGAGCCAUUCUUACGAGCAAGGGGCUGCUCAAUCUUCUUGAGCUACUGCCUUGGCAAUGCUUUUAUCGCGGAGUGUACUUUGCAAACAGUGGUGGAUCAGUGGAGUGCUCAGGGCUGAUGCAGUUUACGGCUCACGGGCAAGCGCGGGUGUACAAUCCUCGCUGGACGCAGGAGGUUGUGCAUGCUGUCGGGGAUGUGGCUCGCCACUCCUACGGGUGCUACGGCACGGGGCGCAAAGCUUGCAGCCUAGAGCUGCCGUGUGACACACGUAGGCUUACGCCAGGCGACCUUCAGGACGCUGCGCAGUCAAAAAAAAACAGUGUCAACUCGUCCUGGGAGGUGGCAGAAAAGAUUGACCUGCGUGCGAUGGACGAACUCCUUUGGAUAACAUCGAGGCUCAUGCAAUCCAUCGUUGAUCGAGGAUUUGUCAACCUUCGUCUUUCUUCUGGUGAAGUGAUCAGCGGCCCUUUGCAUACCGUGUGGCGCACGCGGCCUGAGUCCGCGCGCCCAGUCUUGAAGUGCGUGGAUUUGAAGUCUGCUUACAAACAGUAUGCUAUAAGGCCAUGUGACAGCAAGAGGUGUGUGGUCAGCCUCCGGCGGCCCUCCGACGGGCAAGCCGUCGGUUUCAUUUCACAUACCCUACCCUUCGGCUCGCUCGCGAGCGUAGGGCAGUUCAAUCGCGUUGCCCGCUUGAUUCACCGCAUCCUUAUUGAGCUGGAGUGCCUGGCCUGUAACUAUUAUGACGACUACCCAGUGCUCGAUGUGAGUAUGCUUUCGGCCAACACCGAGAAGACGAUCCGCAAGCUCAUGCGCCUCCUGGGCGUGAUCUGCUCGGAGGACAAGGAGUUGCCUUUUUCUUCGGUGGCCGAUCUCUUGGGGGUUCGCUUGGACCUUAGGGCUAAGGAUUUUUCUUGCGUCACUGUUGCCAACAAGCCUGACAGGGCUCGCGAAAUUUCCGAGUCGGUCGCUAAAGUCCUAUCGGAUGGCCAGGUGGUGGUCAGAGAAGUCGACAGCUUGUUUGGAAGGAUUCAGUAUGCCGAUUCCCAAAUCAUGGGCCGCAGGGGCAAACUGGCUCUGAGCACGCUUAGGAAGCUCUCGCGAGGCUCUGGAGUUCAUCGACUUUCUCCUACUGGUCGCGAGGCCUUUGCUGUCUUGCAGAUGCGCAUGGAUGCUGGCGAGCCCAGGCGCAUACAGGUUGGAAGCUCUGGACCCUCACUUGUUGUUUACACUGAUGGCGCGUGCGAGCCUGGUGCUGCUCAAUCGCUCUGCACCGUUGGGGGAGUACUUUAUGCUUCUUGGAAUGGGGCUGUAAAGGUCCGAUACUUCGGGGUCACGCUGAGUGACUCCCUGGUCGACCUAUGGGCCGAGAGCGGCAAGAAGCACCUGAUAGGGCUUGUUGAGUUGUACGCUUUGGUGCUCGCGAGAUUCGUCUGGGGUCGACUCCUCGACGAUCGAAGGGUGCUUUACUUCAUCGAUCACGUGGGAGUGCUCGCCGCUACCAUCAAUUGCACAUCUAGGGACGAGCUGUGGAGGACUCUGCUUAUACAUCUUGAAAAGGCCGAUGCCAAGCCUUGCAUUGGGUGGUAUGCUCGUGUGCCUUCCCAGUCCAAUCCCGCUGAUCCCCCGUCGAGGGGCUGCUGGAUCUUUCCGAUGUGCGAACAUGCGAUCCGGGACCAUCCUGCUUGUUUUGCCACGGGCGAAUUACUGCGCUCGUCUUGA